CCAUAGUCCAUAGGAGUGAAGAGGGCUGGCGGCUGCCGUCAUAGCUUAAAUUUUUACAUUUAGCGCAUGCGUUUGUCUGCCGUCUGCGUUACAGAUUUCCAAGAUGGUGCUCGAAUCAACUAUGAUUUGUGUGGACAACUCGGACUUCAUGAGGAAUGGCGAUUUCUUGCCAACGAGAAUGCAGGCCCAACAGGAUGCCGUCAGUAUGGUUUGCCACUCGAAGACCAGGUCCAACCCAGAAAACAAUGUGGGACUAUUAACCAUGGCUAACGUUGAGGUUUUGGCCACCCUGACCACGGAUGUUGGAAGAAUUAUGUCUAAGCUGCACCAAGUCCAACCCAAUGGAAAUAUCAGCCUUCUUACUGGAAUUCGCAUUGCCCAUUUGGCAUUAAAGCAUCGUCAAGGAAAAAAUCACAAGAUGAGAAUUGUAGCUUUUGUCGGCAGCCCUGUUGAGAUGGAAGACAAAGAACUGGUAAAAUUGGCAAAGCGUCUGAAGAAAGAAAAAGUUAAUGUUGAUGUUGUGAGCUUUGGUGAGGAGGUUUCUAACAAUGAUGUGCUUACAUCUUUCGUCAACACUUUGAAUGGAAAGGAUGGUACUGGAAGCCACUUGGUCACUGUUCCCCCGGGCCCACAUUUGUCUGACGCUCUUCUCUCGUCUCCAAUCAUUCAGGGUGAGGAUGGCACAGGUGGCGCAGGACUUGGAGCUUCUGGUUUUGAAUUUGGAGUUGACCCCAACGAGGAUCCUGAAUUGGCUCUGGCCCUUCGAGUUUCUAUGGAAGAGCAACGCCAGCGAAUGGAAGAUGAGGCUAGGCGCACACAGGCUGAGUCCGCUCAAGCUGCUCCUGCAGCUGCCGAAACUGGUGGAGCUGGAACUGACGAAGCUAUGCUGGAGAGAGCACUCGCUAUGUCCAUGGAGGGCGUGGAAGAGCCUCUCGCUGCCACCCGCGCGACUCCUGAUUUCAGCAAUAUGACUGAGGACGAGCAGAUUGCUUUCGCAAUGCAGAUGUCCAUGCAAGAUGCCCAGGAAAUGCCGAUGGAUGUGGAUGAGGGUGCUGGCACAGCAGCUGCCGGCACUUCGAUUGCUGAAGUUAUGAAUGACCCAGACUUUCUGCAGAGUGUCCUUGAGAAUUUGCCUGGAGUUGAUCCGCAGAGUGAAGCAGUGCGUCAAGCAGUUGAUAAUGUUGCCAAGGAAAAAAAGAAGCCACCUUCUGAUAAGGACAAGAAAUAAGGACCCACUUCUGCUUGCAUUUAUAUCAUAGAACUUAUUAUAUGGAUAUUCUUGCUGGCAAUAUAAAUUUAAUUCUGAUUUAAUUUUUUUCCAUGCAAAUGCUUAUUGUGAGAGUUAAAAUUAGAUAAAUUCCAUGCCUGGUUUGAAUCUAAUUUUUUGAAUGUAAUAAAAUGCGCUAAAAUUGCUUAAAA